GUCAGAGUUUACACCAGAACAUAUCGAAAAGGUAUUGAUUGCAUACGAGAGAGGCAACAAUCCACAUAUUAAAGAGCGCGAAGUAACAGUGUUACAUGGAAGUCAUAAAAGUCCAACGAAGUUGUCCCCAAGGAUACGCAAACAAAAUCUACCAAUAAUAAUACCUGGUACUUUAAGAGAUGAUACAGUUUAUAGAUAUUAUGAGGAUACGGAUAUAUUAUCGGUCUAUUUCGCAAAAGCGUCUUCCGGCGUUGUAAGCUAUAGUGAUGACGUAAAUAAGGACAUCCUUGUAUCUUAUGACCAUGAUGAUAAGAUAGUAUCGGUUGAAAUAUAUAGAGCGUCAGAGCUUUUACGAUGCCACUUUUUUGAUACCCAGGAUACUAUAAAUAACAAACCGCCUCUCUUAUUUAUUCCUGUUUGUUAUAAAGACUGUGAUGAGUUGAAAGUUUACCUUGUUGAUUCUAUUUCAUCCAUCACCUUACAGAAAACUGAAGGGGAGGAUUUGGAGGUGGGAUUAGAUAACGAAGGAAAAAUUGUUGUCUUAUUGUUUCAUAAAGCUAGUAGCAGAUUAGCAAAAACGUUAUCAGAAGAAGAGAGAAGAAAACUUGCGGAAAAAUCGAGGCUGAGAUCAUUAGAGAUCGCAAAAUGGUCUUAUUUAUUAGAUGAAUAG